ACAUGUGAAUUGUGCAUUCAGUGCGAAACCGCGCUUGCAACGAAACGGUCGGACUAAAGCCAAGCAGUAAUACGACAACUAAACGCUGGUCGAUAUACGAAAGCAAUUCAAUUAUUCUCUAAAGUUUGAGUCUUCAAUAAAAUUACUUAUCAACGUAGACUGACGCUAAUUGCCGAGAUGCGGUUGCUUCCGUUGGCAGCGCUGCUGUUAUUGUGUUUCACGCUAACUUCUGCAGUGCCACUGCCUGCGCAAGAUGAGUCCUCAUCGGGGGCAAGCGAGGAGAGUGCGGAGCAGAAGCAUUUCAACUUGGAGUCUAACGCUGAUUCAGUUGAAGAAAUAGGCGCUGUUGACAGAGAGUCAGAUGAAAGUCAAUUUGGUGAUAAACUAUUAAAAAAACGGUCACCGGAUGCAAUUCCUGAUGUAGACCUGUGUAACCACUACCAACAUGGCAAAGAUAGUUACGAAGUUAAAAGUGAAGAUGCAUAUGAACGUUAUUACCACAUCGAGAAGCCACUAGACAGUGAAAUUCGUAGAAAGCGGCAGCCUGUUGAUGACAACAGUUCGUCACAGGAAAAUUCUUCAGAAGAAAAAGGCAAACUAGGCGCUGCAGGAGCGAGCGAGGGAGAAGGUGCUAAAGGAGCCGACGCAGAGCGUAGAAAACGCAAAGUCGACGACAGUUCAUCAGAGGAAGAUUCUUCAGAGGAAAAAGGUAAAUCAGGCGCUGCUGGAGCGAGCGAGGGAGAAGGUGCUAAGGGAGCAAAUGGAGCGCGUAGAAAGCGCAAAGCUGAUGACAGCUCAUCUGAGGAGAAUUCCUCGGAAGAGAAAAGCAAACUAGCCGCAGCAGGAGCGAGCGAGGGAGAAGGUGCUAAGGGAGCCGACGGAGCGCGUAGAAAACGAAAAGCCGACGACAGCUCCUCAGAGGAGAAUUCCUCAGAAGAGAAAGGCAAGCCAGGCGCAGCUGGAGCGAGCGAAGGGGAAGGUGCAAAAGGAGCAGAUGGAGCGCGUAGGAAACGAAAAGCCGACGACAGCUCCUCAGAGGAGAAUUCCUCAGAAGAGAAAGGCAAGCCAGGCGCAGCUGGAGCGAGCGAAGGGGAAGGUGCAAAAGGAGCAGAUGGAGCGCGUAGGAAACGAAAAGCCGACGACAGCUCCUCAGAGGAGAAUUCCUCAGAAGAGAAAGGCCACAAGCCAGGCGCAGCUGGAGCGAGCGAGGGCGAAGGUGCUAAGGGAGCCGACGGAGCGCGUAGAAAACGCAAAGCCGACGACAGCUCCUCAGAGGAGAAUUCCUCAGAAGAGAAAGGCAAGCCAGGCGCAGCUGGAGCGAGCGAAGGGGAAGGUGCAAAAGGAGCAGAUGGAGCGCGUAGGAAACGAAAAGCCGACGACAGCUCCUCAGAGGAGAAUUCCUCAGAAGAGAAAGGCAACAAGCCAGGCGCAGCUGGAGCGAGCGAGGGCGAAGGUGCAAAAGGAGCCGACGGAGCGCGUAGAAAACGCAAAGCCGACGACAGCUCCUCAGAGGAGAAUUCCUCAGAAGAGAAAGGCAACAAGCCAGGCGCAGCUGGAGCGAGCGAGGGGGAAGGUGCAAAAGGAGCCGACGGAGCGCGUAGAAAACGCAAAGUCGACAAAAAUACAGUUUCAGUAGAAACAGAUAGUGUCGUCUAUGGCUUAGACUCUGAGGAAAACAGGGAGUACAAUGAAGUGAGUGGAUUAAAAAAGGAUUCAUCUUUAGAGGAUUACGUACAGGGUUGUGAGGUGAUGGACGUGGACUCCGAUGAAGCUAACGAGACGACCUACUUCGAAGAUAGACGAAAACGUUCAGUGGAGAGCAAAGAAAGUGCCGAAUUAGUUAAAAGUGCUGCAAUUGAUUCUGAACAAAGUAAUAAAGAUGACACAAGCGAAGCAAGCGAUGAGAAACGAGAAGACGGAAGCGAGUCCUCUGAAGUAUCAGAUAUAAAUGCUUUAAUUCUAGAAAGACGACGACGUGCGGUUAUAUCUAGUGAAGAGGCUGUGAAAGUAAGCGCUAAAAAAGGCGAGAAUGAUGCUGAGAAAUCCGAAAGCUGCGGCUGCGGCAAAUCCAAACGUGCCAUCGAAAACUCAAACGAGUCGAAAAGUAACGAAGACAACAAGCAAAGUGACAAAAAGUCAGCCGGCUGUGGUUGCAGUGCAAAACCUAAAAACUCUGAAGAAGCAUAAGGCAGAAACUAUAAGCGAGACGUUAAGGCCCGACAAAAUGUGUGAAAAACGAAAGAAACUAUGAGCAGGCCACCAUUUGGGGCCGAAACGAUUUGCUGCGUUUUAAAUUCAGUUGAUUCUCUAUGUCUUAAAUUCUUUGUAGUUCUUUGUAGUUUUUUGUAAAAUAAUAAAUUAUGUGUCUUAACUAA